AUGGAGUUUGCGAUGAGAAAAUGCAUAUGCGUAUUGUUUAUGUGGGUAUUAAUGGAGUCCGUGAUGUCGUUUGGAUUGGCGUCCUCAUCCGCCAUUUGUGGACUUGAUUCCAAAGCUUUUCUUCACGAUCUCAAUCAUCUAUGUCCGUGUGCGGCCCCUUUCUUCUCUUCUCCUAUCCAGGUGGAUGGGGAAUCAUUAGAGAGAGUGAUGAGCUCCAGUCAGAAGAACGAGUAUACUGCUGUUUUAUUUUAUGCUUCCUGGUGCCCUUUCUCAAGCGUCUUUCAGUUGAAGUUUUCUACUAUGAGUUCCAUGUAUCCCCAGAUUAAACAUGUAAUGGUCGAACAAUCUUCAGCCAUGCCCAGUGUUUAUUCUAGAUAUGGGAUUCACAGCGUGCCUUCCUUGUUGAUGGUGAAUCAGACAGCACGAAUGAGAUAUCAUGGUCACAAAGAUCUCCAGUCGCUUAAAAAUUUCUAUAAAAGAGCCACAGGAAUGGAUCCACUGGUUGAUAUGGUUGAAAAUACAUCAAAAAAUCUAGGAAGUGGACACGACGCCCCCCAACUUUUGAAGCUGGCCUCAUUCAAGGAAACUCUCUUGAGGGAACCUUAUCUUGUACUCUCUGUAAUGUUCAUCUUUUUAAGGGUUUUUCUGUAUAUUUAUCCAGAAAUCGCAUCUCGUAUACAGACACUGUGGGCCGCUUACAUUCCUCAUCUCAAUUUGGGAGUUUUUGGUGAGUCAAAGCAGCUCUUAGGGCAGGUUCUCCAUCUGAUCGAUGUAAAGAGAAUUUGGAGCAAGAUCAAGAUUUGUAAAACUAGGAACUUCCACAAAGGGGCCAGAAAUGCUCGAGUUUGGGCAUCAUCUCUAGCCUCUGUGUCGUUGGGCAGGGCCUCGUCAUCUAGAGUUUAUACUUCAAAAGGCCUUUCGAAUUAG